ACACAGCGCCACCUUGAGGCCAAGACACAGCAUUGUCAGAGGAGCUGGGCUGGGCAGUGGGGCUUACAGGAGCAGCAGCAGCAGCACCGCUCAUAAUCCUCCUCUUCAUAUCUGAUGCUGUUUGUCCGGAGAGCAGCUGGUGAGUGACUCGAACCUUCCUCUGCCUGUUUGUUUACCGGAGCGGCUCUGUCUCCUUGUGCUGCCUUCACGGCACCAAGGAUGGACACGGGUAAAUGAGCAUCGCUGUGUUUUUGCGACAGACCUAGCCUAUAUGUCGUCCAUAACGAGAGGGAGAGAUAGACAUGGCUGUACAUCAGCAGACAGACUCCAAAACCUGGUUCUCCAAAAACACGUGAAAUGCGUAAAUCUGUCUAAAUUGGCUCUGAUGGGGCUGGAAGAGCGCGCGAUGGUGAAGAGGGGCUUCCUGAGCGUGAGGGAUCAAUACGAUUUAGAUGACAAUGCAGACAUACUGAAGGUAUACAGCCAUAGUUUUACACCAUAACGGGCAUUAUCUGGAUGUAUAAUUUAAUAUAAUUCAAGCUGAUUAUUCCUGACCACAUUGUUGUCAUUGUGCAUUGUUUCCAUGUUGAACGCUGGACAGAGACAUGGCCUAACCGAGCUAAUUUCCAGGCUCUGUCAUUGACCGACUAUUCGCCCCAUCGGCUGCCUCCGCCUGUGAGCGAACUUGAUGUGUUUUCAUUUGCAGAGAUUUAUAUCAUCGCAGAGUGGACGGAGCCGUGUGUGGUCAAGCGUCUUAAAAAGGCAAAUCUGGGCCACUAGAUUUGCCAGGCCAAUUAAAAAAAAAAAAGUUAACCCGUCCAUUUCCGUUCAGAGACAGAGAGGUGGGCUGUCAAGUCUCAUUGGUGUCUUGUUGAUAAAACAGGAGCCUCCGAUGUGACAAAGUGAGCGUAAUUAAAUCCCCCAUAUUCACCUAUGGCUCGUUGUGAGCGUGAGUCAGCAGGGCCUGUGUGCUGAUGAUGCUCCUGCAGGAGGAAGGCAGGCUGUUUGUUUUCUAUGGAAAAGGCUUUUGUGCUGUUUCAUGGGUAUGGGAAUCCUGAAUACUGCAAGGAAAUCAUAAGAGAAAGGAGAUUCAGGGUUUUCACUGCUUUGGUUCAUGUUUUCAGUCCUCUGACUUCCUGCCUCUCCCAGGCCUGUUUGCUAAUGUGCAUGUGUCUGACUUUCUGCACAGCAUCCAAUUAAAUUAACUUACCUAAUGUGCACAUAGCUGUCAUCAUGUCUGUUGCUUCUGCUCUAUGAUUUAUCACCAGUUUAGUCUUAUUUCUUUUUUUCCUUUUGUACAGUAUGUUAACCAACCCACAUCACCCCAAUUCUGUGUUUCCUUCACUCAGGAUUAAUUUCAGGGUUGUUAUCUUUGUAUAUAGAGCUCUGCAUGGUCAGGCCCCUGAAUAUAUUCCUCAGGUCCGCUGACCAGGGCUUGCUGGUUGUCCCUCUAACUAAUCUAAAAACAAGAGGUGACUAUGCUUUUGAAGUGGUGGCUCCAACACUGUUGAACAAUUUCCCUGCUUACCUAUUCAUUCAGCUCGUUCUAUUGUCACUUUUAAAGACUCACUUACUUAAACAGGCCUUUACCUCCCCCUGUUCUAACUAAUGCUCUGUUUAUGCCAUUGUUUGUUCAACUUUCAACUUUAUUUUUCCGGCACUUUUUAGACAAGAAAUACAGUUCAAAGUGCUUAACAGAGGCUAAAAACAACAAUAAAACCCAACCCUCCCACCCACGGACCCACACCCACCCUCACUCACUCUCUCACCCGCACAGUGUGAGAAUUUAAGAUAUGUUGUUAAAGAGACAUGGCCUGACACCGAGACAUUACAUGAGGAAAGAGCUACCUUUGGGAAACACUGGAGAUAAAAGAUGAAAAAUAGAAACUGAAAGCCGCCUCCCCGUGUCUUUUCGUUUUAACUUUGGGUAAGGUUAAAAGGCCUGUGCUAGAGGACCUCAGGGUCCGCGAGGGUUGAUUUGAUAAAAGUAAGUCAGAUAAAUAAGAGGGCCAAGGACUAUUAAUACAUCUAAAAACUAAUAAAAGAACCUUAAAAUCAAUCCUGGAACGGACGGGGAGCCAAUGCAGCAAUGCUAAAAUUGUCUUUAUAUGCUCUCGCCCUUUGGCCCUUGUUAUUGUUCUUUAAUUUUACUUGAUGUUUAUGAUUGUAUUUUUACUGUGAAUCUUUUCUAUGAAAGGUGCUUUACUAAAUACAUUUUACUUACUUACAGUAUCUCAACUCACUCCUUGUCUUCGUAGGUUUGGUGCUGCGUUUACCGACUGUGCUGCUCGAUUCAAUUUGGAAGUGGAGCCGGGCGCCUGGAUGUCUGUGAACUGUUAGUAUAUUUUGUCCACUUUUAGCCUUAAUUUAAUGUUGUUUGCUGCUCUAAAAGGAGAGCAACGCAUGUCCGUGUCCUCGGGUGAUUCCUGAAAUAGCUAUUGAGCGUAUGACACACACACACACUUGCACACACAGGCACACACGAACACAGAUGUUCAAGUGAUGCUUCUGUAAUUAUAUGAAGCAGCGUGCCUCCUCCACGCCUCUUAGCUCUUAACUUAUCUUGAUUGAUCAAAGUGUGACUCAUGAAGAGACUUCUGGAUGCAAAUACGCGUGACUGACAUCUAACAGUGUUUCUAUCCCAGCAGAAUGAAUUAAAGGUCAUAGGUCAGCUCCUGAGGCAGAGAUGAGUCUGACUUCCUGGUUCCUGGUGAGCGGCGGGGGGACCCGUCAUCGUCUCCCGAGGGAGAUGAUCUUUGUGGGGCGGGAUGACUGCGAGCUAAUGCUGCAGGUAGAGUCGGGUAACUCCUCUCUGAGCUGUCAGUCUUUAUCUAGAUGGAUUAUCAUCUGAUGCGCUGAGAUUAACGUGGAUUACAGUGAUUGACUGGAUUUUGUGUGGUUCAGUCUCGCAGUGUGGACAAACAGCACGCUGUCAUCAACUAUGAGCCAAACACAGAUGAACAUAAAGUCAAAGACCUGGGCAGCUUGAAUGGGGUGAGUGUUGUAUUUAAGUACUGUUCUGUCUGUGUUUACGGUUCAAUCUGCUUAUCGAAAACAACAAAUCACUGAUUUACUCAAAAUAAUCUAUACUAUCAGGGUAAUUUACUGCAUAUAUAGCUUAUUACUAAGUAGCCUCAAAGGCUCACCCCCUUAUCACUUUUCCUCAUGCACUGUUUUCAUAUUAAGUCAUAUUAUUAAUUAUGUUUAUGAAACAACAUAACUCAGACCUCACCUGACAGCCAAUCAUAAACUUCCAAAACACAAGCACACAUGUGGUUAGUGAGCCUGAAACCUCCAGAGCAAGACGGCAUCAAGUGUCUUGUGAGGAACUUUUGAUUUGAGUUAAUUUUGGCGCUCCCUGUGUACAAAGUAGUCUUUGCUUCUCUUCAGCAGUGAUUUAUGAUGACAAAUCUCAUCCUGCUGACUUUUCACCGACAAAUGUGUCCUUUAUUGUGAUUAAAUCAUACAAACAGGGCUGUUUAUUUAGCUGCACAGACAAUAAAAAUAAGGAUAUGAAAAUCUUCAGAUUUGGCACUGAUUGUCUUUGUGUACCAUUAAAAGGUAUAAUUAUGACUUUUAAUCUGUUUCAUGAAUGUAAAAAAAAAACUCCUCAUUGGAGCUUUACAUAAACAUAGUGUAAAGACAAAAGGUAAAAUGUCAAAACUGGCAAGUGUUAUUGCUUUUGAAACAUUUUUAGGACUAUAAAACAAUCUUAAUUUUCUAUCUGUAAUGUGAUGUAAAGUUCAGUGAACAAAUUAAAUAUGUAAAUCAAGAAUUAAUUUCAGGUUUAAAAAUGCCUGUAAGGAGUUUCGACUGUUAUGAAACAGAGUAAUGCUAUUUUACAACUUACAAAACUGGCAAUUUAUUAAGUUUAACCUGACAUAACUUGGGACAAACUCUCUGAUUCAGCUUGAAAUCCUUAUUUACUGGUUUGUUUUCACCACAUUUUUUGUCACAGAAAAAAGUCGUUACUGAAUUUCAGCAUUUGUCCUUCCUUUCCUUUUUUCUUUGCAGACCUUCGUCAACGAUGUCAGAAUACAGGAGCAAAUCUAUGUCACUCUCAAAAUUGAUGACAAACUCAGGUUUGGAUACGAUAUCCUUUAAAAACAUGGUCUUUUUGUCUGUGAAACCAUGUGACACACAGCACAAGGUCAGUGUACACGGACAAAACUGUAACUUAAUCUGUUCUUGAAUGGCUGUGAAAGCUCGCUGUCCUCUGCCUGAUGCAUAAUACAUGAGAGGUUAUGUGCAUGUUUCUAACCCCUGCAAAGUCUUAGCCUUAAUCUGCCUCACAUACCAACCUGUUCACUGUGGUCCGAGGGGAGCUGCAUAUUCCAGAGGAGGCCCUAAAGGUGAGACAAUGCUAUGUCCAUGUCCUUAAAAUACAGCAGGCAGGGCCCAUGUGUUCCUGUGCAGUUUCAAUAUGUCAGCUAGAAACCAUACAGCCAGAAAGUUGUUAUAAUUCAUCAUCAGUCUGUAAAAGCCUAAGAGAGGGGAAUUUAGUCGAAGGGUGAGAAGGAUUCUGCUGAAGUGGGCAAAAUGUAACUUCUAGAGAUUGAUGAAUCUGCCGUUUCAUCACAGCAAACUGCCCAGGUAGCUUUAGAACAAAGAGGAUCUCACCUUAAAGGGAUAUUCCGGCAUAAAAUUAAGUUAGCGUCAAACACACCGUAACACCGAGUUAGACAACCCCUCGAGAGAUGUAACGAUUGCACGAUAGCACUACACAGCGGUCUACGUCCUCGAGCACUGACAAGUCGAUCACAGAGUGCAGCGGAUCAUUUCCCUGAAGUAAUAAUCAUAAAAAUCAUUUUGCACUGCAGACGCGGUAGUUCUUCUGCCUCAGUGUCUCAGUCUGAUUGCAUUUCCAUGAGGUAAUAAUCAUAAAUGUUCUUCGUUGAGCUGCGAAACUCCGCUGCAUUUGGUGAUCGACUCGUCAGGGCUCCCCCACGGCUGCUGGAAGAGAGUGAGUGAGUUGUGUUUGGUCUGUUUGCUAAAGAAAUUAGGCAAAGCUAAAAAUUUGUUUGAUGUCUAGUACUAUAGCUGGGACCCUAUAUGUACUGUUGAUGAAGUUAGGUGCUGUUCUGAGCAUUAUUUGUGGCUAUAGAGUGGCGUUUUGCUUGAGGUUUGUGCGUGGAGACAUAAACCACUGUGUAUUGCAAUCGUUUGGUCGUUACUAAAGUUGGUAUAACUAGAGAAGCAAGCAGUCAGCAACAUUCAUCUCUCAAGGGGGUGUCUAACUCAGUGUUACGGUGUGUUUGACCAUAACUUAAUUUUACGCCGGAAUAUCCCUAAAAUGAGAAGGGGCUGAAAGUUCAGCUGUGAUAUUCAAAAAGUUACUUCAAUUAUACGCUAUAACAGAAAUAGAAAAAAAGACUGAAAUCUGUUAUAAAUGAAUGUUGUAUUAAAAUCUAGCUGGACUUUUCUAAAUUUAGCUCUUUUUACUGGCUUGAUUUCUCUAAACUCUCCUCACUUGCCCCAUCUGUCAGCACGAGAAGUUCAGCAGCCAGCUGCAGCUGAGCCAGAAGAAACCUCCAGAGGCGGAACUGUCUAAAUCUGAGGUGAAACCCUCUGAGGCUGCAGGAGCGCCAGUGUGUGAGGGAGCCACGACCAAGCCCCCUGAGGCCAGCAGGCAAGAGGAUAAGACUGCAGGUGAGAGUGCUCUCAUGAGUUUUUGCAAAAAAAAAUACUUAAAUAAGCAAGAAUGCUUCAAUUCUAUUAAAAGGGCUAUUCUGUUUUUUUAUUUCUAUUUAUACACAUGAUAAAAUCAUCUCUUCUCUGCUUUAGCUGUUUCAAAUGUUGUAACUUUGGUGAAUGCAGCCCUGCUUUUAUCAACUGAUGGCUUGUUUUUGUCAGGGGACCUGGCAGUGUUGCACAGAGGUACACCCCUCUAUGGCCAGCCUGCCUGGUGGGGAGAUGGAGAUGCUGAUGAUCAGCAACCUGGGAGGCCAGAGGAAAAGAACUCAGAGCGGAAGCGAGAAAGAGCUGAGAUAGGUAUUUAAAAUAAUGUGGGGAAAAAAACAACUUAGUGUGAUUUUGUGCUUUUUUGAGUCGUAAAAAUGAGAAAUAUGUAGUUUGAAAGUAUCACAAGUUCUGCUGCUUGACUUUUAGCAAAUUUAGAAAUGUUCAGUCCUAAUUAAUACUUCCUUCUCUACAGUACACAAAGAUGGCUGUAUGUUUCUUCAUGAAUGUUUACUUUUGUUCUGACAGACACCAAGAAAAGCGCAGAGGUCCCAAAAUCUGGCCCACAGACAGCCACCAAUCAGGAGCCCAGCUACUUCGAAAUCCCAACUAAGGACACCCAAUCAGCAGGUAAAGUAAGCAGUGAAGCCCCCACACGAGAGCAAGAGGCAGGCGGUUCUUCUACGGCAGAGCCCGUCCAUGGCCAUGCCUCCUUCACCAUCGAGUUUGAUGCUGGGGCAUCUGGAAAAGUGACAGUCAAAGAUCGAGUGGCGAAGGUGGGACCCGAGACCAGACCACGUCCAAAAAGACCUGUAGGGGAAGAGCUGAGUCCUCUCCAGACCGCCAUGGUAGCUGCAGAGGUUAAGGUUGCAGACUGGCUGGCCCAGAAUGAGCUGCCGUUGGCUCUGAAGGACACAGUUGCAGAGGAGGAUGGCGAGAGUGUGAAGAGCGAUGUGCCAGUACAUCUAAGGAGUCUCAAAGGUGUGGAUGAUCGCUCAGCCCAGGCCUCUUAAACACCUUCAUUUCUAUUUCUUUGUUCACUAACUCAUUCGUUCUCUCCCAUACCAGGCAGUAAACACGAGGACGGCACUCAGAGUGACUCAGAAAACGCCAACGGAGAGCAGCGCAGAGCCGCAGCCCUGGAGGAGCGCUCAUGGGGGCUCUGGGGUGGUGCAGGGUUGAAGAUCAGAGAGGGUCGAGCCAAUGUUCCUGAAGGGCUCUUUGCAGAGGAGGACAGUCCUGCUCGCCGUCGCAAGUCCUCCACCUCUAAAGGAACAGCUGGAUUUGUGGAGCGGCGCCGCGGCUCGGCAUCACACCAGCAAGGUGGCCGGGACGAGUGCUAUCACCAUGGUGAUGAUUACAGUGACAGAGCAACCUACACCAUUGAGCUGGAGAAUGGAGAUAACGAAGAAGAGGAGGCCAGGAAAAUGAUCGACAAGGUUAGGAAGAAGAAACUUGUAAGAAAAGCUCUUUACUUCAUUCAAUUGGUUUCUGGAUACAUUAAAAAAUACAUGAAAAAAUACAUGUAUUGCAUGUCUGCAUUUGCUCAAUCUGGCAUGUGUUUGUUACAGGUGUUUGGGGUGGAAGAACAGGAGGCUGUAUGUGUGUCCAGGUUGGGAGGUGCUGACCAAAGAGAGAGGCUUGGCUCUCAGAGGUCAGGUACUGGAGACAGAGGGAAGCCGGGACGCUUGGAAACAGAGGUACGAAAACUGAAAACCUAAAAAGACUUCAAGAAGAAAGUGUUUUGAUUGGUUGUAAAAUAGACUCAGUUUAACUCUGAUGUUUGCUGUAAACCUACUGACCCAGGGCUCCACAGUGCGACCGUUUCAGUCGCAUUUGCGACUAAAAAAAGAUGUGUGCGAAUUGUAAAAUGUAUUUCGGAGCACAUGUGCGUAAGAAAAUAUUAGCCAAGAUGACAAAUGUUUUUUCAUGCAAGUACCAUGGUGAAGUUAGUUUUAGGUUGGAUAUCCGUUGGACAUUUACAGCGGAUCUACCAGUGCCUUCUCACUCUCCAUAAUUGGUAAUAGCAACAGCAGCGCAGUUAAAUUUACUCGACAUCCUCACUGUCAACAUCAGGUGUUGAAUAAGGGACCAUCAAUAAAUUACAGGUUGAUGUUCUCAGAACAGGCUGUUUUCCUUCAAUAGCUUACAUGUCAAGUGACCAAUUGACCUAAAAUUGAAUUUAAAUAAAAAUACUUAUGUCGACCAAUAAGGGACACUUUUUUUUUUCCCUAAUUUUCCUCAUAAUUUUUUUGUGUGAAAUGUAAAGGCAAAUUUUAAACAUUUUCUUCAAUAGCUUCCAUGUCAUGUGACCAAAAGACCUAAAAUUGCUUUCAAAUACUAGUACUUAUGUCGACUAAUAAGACACACACUAUUUGAUCAAUUUUCAUUGAGCCCCUAAAGUUCUUUGGGUGUGCCUUACUUUUACAAGCUCAUUCAUUUAAACCCUGUAAUUUUACCUUGUAUGUUUUCAUGUUGUCUCCCUACAGGUACCACCUGAAGAGCUGAUGGUCGGGGGUCCUCGCUGGGUCUCUCAGUGGGCCACUCUAGCAGCCAGUCAUAUUCGGACAGACCCUGAGGGAUCAGGAGGAGAGAGUCACGUCAUGGUUGCAGAGGACAGAGGUACUUGGUAAUAUUUAGUAAAAAAGAAGAAAAGGGCGUUCUCCAGGAAUUAGUCGGGUUCAGCGCGGAAAGGUGUAUGGUGUGUGUCCCCGUUAAAAGACACGGAUACAGAUGUCCAGUUUAGUGGUGGAUUUAUUACAGCUCACACCAUACAUAAUACACACAUAUAACUCUGGAUAUAAAGGACUGUAUUCAACAAUCAAUCAUACGAUAUAUGACUCAUAUAUUGUAAAUAAACUAUCUCACAUGAGGCUCACAGCAGCUACGGUAAGAAUUAGCUUAUUAGCUAAACAUCAGGCGGCAUGAGAUAGCAUUAGCCAUAUUCACCGGUAAACAACAAUACACAUUAACACAAUAUAGCAUCCAAAAGUGAAACAUCGUAAAACUCACUUCUGGCAUUUACACACAAUAAACCCAGGAUGUACAGGUAGAUAUGAGGUAAAACAGGUAAUAAGAAACUCACGAGAUAUCCACUGCCGCAUCUGGAGGGAAACUAAAGUUUCACAGCAUCGGUACCUCUCACACAGGUGUGGUCAUGAGCUUAGGACAAAUGAAAACUCGCCGUAAAACACAAUAUAGCUAAACGGUAUUUACUCAAAGGGACAUUCCGGCGUGAAAUGAUCAUUUCUUCAUGGAAAUGCAAUCAGACAGAGACGCUUAGGCAGACGAACUACCACGUCUGCAGUGCAAAAUGCUUAAUAUGGUGAUUAUUACUUUAAGGAAAUGAUAAAGAAAUGAUCAUAGUUCUUCCUUGAGCUGCGUCAGUCCGUAAUGGACUGGCCUGAGGUCUCACAACAAACAAGCGGCUGCUGGAAGAGAGUGGGUGAGUUGUGUUUAGUCUCUUUGCUAAAGAAAUUAGGCAAAAUUAAAAAGAUGUUUGGUGGCUAGUGCUAUGGUUGGGACCCUAUAUGUACUGUUUAUGAAGUUAGGUACUGUUCUGAGCAUUAUUUGUGGCUAUAGAGUGGUGUUUUGGUUGGCCUCAGACUGCUGUGUAUUGCUAUCGUGCAGUCGUUACUAAAGUUGGUAUGACUGGAGAAGCAAGUGGUCGGCAACAUUCAUCUCUCAAGUGGGACAGUGGGACAGGUCUCUUUUAAGUUUGCUGAUAUUUGGUAAUACUAGCUAAUUUGGGUUGAUGGUCAUGGGAGACGGUUUUGGUGUAGAAGUAAAACCAAGUGUGUUGAAAUGGGUUUUGGUGCAAUUAACUGUUCUUUAAAUAACUGUCGAUUUAGAAUAAAUGAUAUGAUGCACUGUAGAGAUCCUCAAACAUAUCCUCAGAACUUAAAAACAAUAUAAAAAUCCCUGUAAACCUUGUCCGUCUGAAACCACGGCACUGGCUCCACUAGAAUACCACAGAUCGAGGAUGCACAUUACACCAAAAGUCUGUGUCUUUUCUCUUUCAGCUGAGGUGAGUGAAUCCAGUCACUCAGCCUCCUUCACCUCAUCCAGCUAUGCAGAGCGUAAGAGGAGAACCCUGCCCCAGCUGCCUGGUGAGGAGGUGGUCCUGGGGAGAAGAACCCCGGCCUCAGGCCUACGAGCAGAUCUUGGGGAGAAACAGGACACAGAGCUACAAGAGAAGGAGAACCAGGAGGAGAAGCUGGCCAAGGGAAAGAAUCGACCCUGUCAUGGAGGCGUAGGCAGUCACGGAGGCAGUCCCAGUCGUUCCUCUCCGGCCAAAUCUCAGGACAGCGGAGGAGGAAGAUCAAGCCAAUCAGGUGUGAUGGCGAAGCUUCCCUCUCGUCCGCUGACCAGUGGGGAGAAGAGAAUGGAGGAGGCACGGAGGAGGAAAAAGGAAGAGGAGAAGGCCAGGGAGAGUACAGGGAAGCCGUUGUUGAGGCAGGAGAGUUUUACAGUGGAGAAGCCGAGCUCCAAUGUUCCCAUAGAGCUCAUCCCUUGUAUAGAUGGGCUUAAACACAGCAGAACUCAGAGUAAAGAGGCUGGCAUUGACAGUGCGACACUGCAGAAAGACACAGCCUUCUUAGAUACAACAGUUUCAGACCAAGGGGAUCCACCGAGUCAAUCCAUCGAGGGCUCCAUGUCACCUGAGUCAGACGUGGACACGACAAGCACAGUAAGCCAGGCUGAAGGAGCAAGAAAAGUAGUCCAGAAACGCCGGACACUUGCAGCGCAGCAAAAAGAGAGAACAGUCGUGUGUUCAACCAGUAAAAGCUCAACCGGCACCAGAGAGACCCAAGAAAAGAGGGCCAAGACCAAGACGACUGGUCCUCCACAACCAAGCCGCCCCUGGACUUCCCUGGACCUCACAGAUGAUGAUGUCAACUCCAACUCACUUCUCUCCGACUCCCAGCCCACGUCAACGCAGGAGUCUAAAAGCUCCCACACCAGAGGCCAGACUGGGGGCACCACAGUUGGGGCGAGCACCAAGUCAAGUCGGGCUAAAAUCACCCAGCCUCCAGCCUCUUCAACCAUGAAAACCAGCAGUGUUCCCAAGCCCAGGCCCACCAGAGCCUCACUGCUGAGGCGAGCCCGGCUUGGGGACUCAUCAGAUACUGAACCUGCUGAUCUUGACCGGAUGUCUGUAGCGUCCGAGGCCUCUACUGCGAGCUCAGCAUCCAGGACGGGGAUGGUAAAAAGAGGAAUGUCCAGGAUAGAGGCUCUGGCACAGCCGAGGAGGCCGAGGGUAGGAUCCCCAUCAGCUCAGAGCGACUCAGAGGCCACAGUCACAAGACACAGAGGUCUGGGAGGCCGGGGCACCGCAGGUGAUUAUGCCAUCAGACAAGGAUUGAGGGGGUCUAAUGUCGGCUCCAUGUCUGGGCCCAGAGCCAGGGCGAACAGCGCCUCCAAGCUGCCUGACAAGAGUAAAGGCACCUCGCCCUAUGGACACGUUACACCUGCAUGUAAGUGCCUUUUGAUGGCAGACUAUAGUAUUUACAGUUUUGUCAAGUUUCCUAUAUCCUAGACUUUCUAUAAGCCCAGAAUGUUGCUUACAUUAAUAAUUGUGUGUUUUUACCGACAUAUUAAUUAAUUAUUGGUUAAGAAAAGGCUUAAAAGUAUGUGUAUGGGUACGAAAAGACUUCAUUAAUAUGAUAACCAGCUGCUCAUUGUUUUAGUUUGAACUCAGUCUUUAAUUUAUGAACUUCUCUUAAACUUCAGAAUAGUUCGUACCUGUGUUUUUAAAACUGAUGAAUGCCGUGUCUGAUGUAGUUUGGAGCUCAUACUCGAUGCCAUCAGUUGGCACAGGUGUAUUCCCCUUAAACGCCUUUUAAAGUGCAUAAAAACAGCAGUGCCAUGUGUACACGCAGAAAUCCUGCAAGAUCCAGAGAGAGUGCUGAGACAUCAGGGAUGCACAAAUCAGAAUAUAAACUAGUUACGCUCUGCACACCAAGUAAACAGAUUACUGAGUCGUUCUGAAACAGAAGUAGUUUUGCAGAAAGUGAAACACAAACAAGCUGAUUUAUUUAGCAGGAUAUGGAGCCCGAGCAGAGAAUACAAACCAAUUUAUGAGAUGACGCCACUGCAACAGAAACUUGUAAUCAGAAAAGGAGACAUAAAAAAAAGUUUUGCCAGAGAAAAAAGAAACUUCUUUAAUUUAAUAAUCAAUGUAAUUCAGUGGUUAUUUUAUUCUAAGAGCUACCACUGUUAAAGAAUUGACAUGCAACAGAUAGGUCAUAUAAUUCUCAUGUCUUAAGUAAGGUCAAUUAGGAGGAUAAGUUUACCUUUUGUUAUAUAAUUGUAUGUAAACCGUAACUCAUGUUUGUCUCAUGUAAUCAUGAAUUAUAUUGGUUAAAUAAUAUUUCUUGUUUUGGACCUACAUAUCAAUCAUGAUCAAUUGAUUCUGACUCUGUUAUUUUUAACAUUUUGGUGUGAAAACUAGAAAAACAUGAUUUAAACAAAAGCUGGUGACACUAAAAUAACGAGUAUAUAAAAGUUUUUAUGCACAAACAAAUCCAAGACUAGAACAUUUUAUUAAAGGUCAAAAUUUUGAUUAAAACUUGGUUAGCGGGUUUUGGGAACAAAUGUUUUCAUUUUGUCAGAUGAAAUCCCGCAUGACACCCGACAGUGGACAGAGAAAGUUAGUGCAGGUGUAAAGAUUUAUGAACCUGGAGUUGGUGGAAAUUUUAACAGAGCUCAAAACAACUACAUGUUGGACCAGAAAGAUAACAACAAUACACAAAUGAGCAAUUUUCAAUCUAAACUUCUCUCUUGUUGUUCUUCAGCUGGAACCCGGUGGCGCCGUGUGCCUGUCGAUUACGCCUCCACCUCAGAAGAUGAGUAUGGCUCAAACCGUCACCUAUCCAAGCAGGGUCAAACGCGGCCGUUUCCUUCUACCCGGGUUGCUCAGCUUGGAGGCUCAGCCCCUGCGACUCCAAAUCCUGCUGCUCUGGCAGCCCUGAAGCAGCACUCAAGAGAACAGGAAGAGUACAUGAGAGACUGGACAGCACACAGUGAGGAAAUAGCCAGGUAUGUAGGUGAGGGAUACUUGAGUGUGCUGAUGAGUGAUGAUUACUGUGUUCAAACAUCCUUCUCAUGCUAAGAUAUGCAGGCUGUGUUUUACAGUGUUUUCUUGUGGGUUGUGCAUUGCCUCAGCAGUAAUAAUGACUUUAAUGGAAUGACUGAAAUAAAUAAAAGACAGAAGAAGUGGUUUGAUAUCAGUCCUUUUUUAUUUUUCCAGGAUUAGCCAAGACCUCGCCAAAGACCUGGCCAUGCUUGCCAGAGAAAUUCAUGAUGUGGCAGGAGAGAUCGACUCUGUCAGCCCUGCAGCUACCGACCCUGGAGCUCUGGUAGGCAACACCAGUCAAGAAGAAAAAAAACACACAACUUUUUUAUCUGAUACAUGAAAAACCUGCAAAAUAUCAAGAUUUUGUAAAACUAAUUUGGCCUCUAUGAAAUAGAAAGUCUUUGUAAACCCAUGUUCAGUGCAAAAAGGACCUGAUGGCAUAAUAUGACUUGUUUGUACGUCUAAAUUCUCUUCAAGCUGGAGGAGCGUGUUUAUGAUGACGGCCUAGACCUCGGCGGAUCUGCAGAGAACAACAGCAUGGGAACCAACGGGAGGUCUGUUGAGCUUCGACCUCGUGGCUCGAACGGACAGAGCACCCGGUCUAUUCGCAGACAGACCUGGAAUAGAGAUGAUGUGAGUCCCCAUUUCAUAAUAGAUCUGACCUUCAAGAAUGUGGGAAUUAUGCUAAUAUGAUGCUUUAUAGAUCAGGAAAAUCAUCUUUGUAUGGUCCAAAUAAAUAAGGAAAUCUGUGAACCUUAGAUAUAAAACAAACAGAAUGUGCAAGUUGCAGUAUGAAAGAUGUAAUGAAGAUAGUCUUGAAAUAAAAGCUCAUAAACUUGCUGAUUGUAAAAAAAAAAAAAAAAAAAAAAAAAAAGCUCUACAUGUCUGUGUCAUAAAUUUACCACUAGAGGGAGCUCUACAUUGCCACCAGCCUCUCCUCAACAGAAAACAGUGUUUCUGAUCAGACCCAAAGCUUAAUGUUGAGCCAUGAAAAAGUCUUCUUUAUGAAUGCAUUAAUGUUCAGUUUAGUUUAUUAUUAAAGUGACAAUAAUGUGUUUCUUUUCAUCGUCUAUCAGGGGGUGUUGGACAGUUUACUUCUUGCAUCUGUGACUCAGCUGUCCACAAAGAUCAGUCAGUCUGUUGACAAAACUACCUGCAAAAUCAGGUAAGACUUGUGUAAAACAGCAGAGCCUGCCAGUUCGAUAACAACUAAGUUUAGUUUUUAACUUCUAUGAUCCCCAAACAAUGCAUGAAUUAACUCAUGUUUACAGUCGACUUAUACGUUUACUCAUGCUUCAAAUGAGUCUGUUUGAUGUUUUUUUUUCUCUCAACUUUUUUGUAUCAACUCGGCCUCCAGGAUCCUCUUCAAGGAUAAAGGAGUAAAGUGGGAUGAGAUUGAGAGCACACUGCAGGCAGAGCAUGACUCCUUACUGCUCAAGAGCUCCAAUAAGGUAACUCACCUGUAUGGACACUUGUCAAUCUUCUGCUGAAGGCCGUUAAAUAUCCUCGACCAAGUCAUUGUAGCUGUACGCACUGAAGGUCCUGGUCUGGAUAAAACUGGUGCUCUGAGGUUACAGUCGGCACUACGAUGACUCUGCUGUUUGUGAAUGCUGAUUUUGCUGUCUGAAUAGCUAUUUUUUUAAUUAAAGGGAUUCAGAACAUCUGGAUCUCAACUUAUCUGCCACUUAAAUUUGUAUAUUCAGAUUUGGGAUAAUAAUGAUUGCUUUAGUGUUGUUUUUCAACCAUUACUGCAGUCUUGAAAAUUUAGACUUCCUUGAAAAAUAUAUAUUUUUGGUGGGCAGUGGAGUUUGAGAAGAAGAAUUAUGGGCUGUCGUGUGAGGUGCAAAAAGUUAAGGAACCCCAAAACUUUAGUGUGAUCUUUAAUUCUGGCUCUAAGCUAGUUUGACCUCAUGAACACCCUGAGGAGAGAUGAUGUACUGUUAUAUCCCGCAAACAGUCGCAAAGCUCAUAAAGCAUCCCUGAGUGUACAAGGCUCAGCUCCAAGUGUGCUCCUGCUGUCUCAAGGAGAUGCACUGAGCUGAUUUAUUUUGGGUUUGAACUUUAAUGAGAUCCUUAACGGUUUCUUAUUUUAUAUUUAUGUUUCACAGGAGAUUUCAACCAUCCUUCAAGACCUGAAGAGGGUAGAAAGACAACUGCUCGGUAUGGAUGUCAUGAUUUAGUUUGAUUUAUUCCAAAAGAAUUUCAUUUGUAAGUUAGUUUCGACCAGACUCUAUUUACAAAGACCCUGUGUAAAUAUGGGAUCUUAUUAGAUCAGACCCACUCCCAUCCCACAUGAGUAAAACAGCAUUUAGCAAGUUACGGCAGAGAGGAAACUUCCUUUUAUAGGCAGAAACCCUGAGCAGAACCAGAUUCGUGUUAGACAGUCAUCUGCUGCUACAUCGUUAGGUUUAAAGAGGGCAUAGAAGGAGGAUAUAGAAGAAGAGAGGUGAGACUGAUGAGGCAGUUGAGGGCGUAAAACUGUGUUCACUUCAAAAUUACUAAUUUUUGAAAUUUUGUUGGCAGUAAUUGACAUGAUGGUGGAUCCAGAUGGUACCCUGGAUGCUCUGUCCACGAUGGGCCUGACCAGCCCUAUAGGUGACCAAAAGAUCGGCCCAGGGGCAACAUCAUUGCACCCUGGAUCUGGAACAUCCAGGCCUGAAGGACCGGCCCCUGAACCUUGUGGACCUUCUGUCAAAGCAGGAGCAGAACAGGCCCCGGGGCCGAAACACAGCUCAAGAUCCUAGAACUGCUACACAAAGGAUAUUAUUCAAACAUAGUGCAUCCUUUAUGUCGAGAACAUGCUGAAGCUGUUGGGAACAAACACUUUCAGUAUCGGGUUUCAGAGGAUCAUGGUGUGAGGAAGCCUGACUGCCUUGACUGUCGAUUAAACGCAAUUGUUUUUGGACUCUAUAAUAAUCCAUCAGUACCAAAAAGCAGCUCCUCAAAUGUGAUGUACACAAUAUGAAAGCAUUAAUAUAUUAAUUUGUGGGCUUCUGAAAAAAAUAUGGCAUUGUAUACGAUUACCCACCCGUGUUUCUGUGUUACAUCCUAUUAUCCAUUAUGCUUGAAAACUUUUAAAUCAAGUUUAAGAUAAGAGGAAUUAAUGUCAAAAAUUAACUUCCAUACCAUAACUCCUGCCAAGAGUAUUUUACUUUUUCCCCCUUUGAUCAGCACAUCUUGAACUUUUACAAAAAGUCAGGUCCUGCCAUUUAUGUACCGGCUUUUUAUUCUUUUUUCUGAGCUUGUCGGGCUGAAGGCUGAUACAGAAACUUAAACUUUUAAAGUGCAAUGGGGUAAAAAAAAAGUACUCUACAGAGACAUACAUGAAAGUGUUAAUCUACCCAGCCAUAGAGUUAUUUAAAAAAUGAAAUAUAUUUCUUGGCUUGUUGCCACUUCUAUCCCCAAACCUGUCUCAGUCAUGAUUUUCCACUGGAAAGCAGAAGCAUUGCUUGUUUGCUUGGAAUUGAACUGAGUGUGUACAGUCUAAAUGUUAAUAAUGGUUAAAUUAUAAAGGAUCCCAUCCAUGCUUUCUUUCUUCUUAUGGAGUCCUUUAAGAACCAGUUUAAAGACCAUUUGUGUUUGUAGAAACUUUAAAAUUAAAUGUAGCUCCCAAAAAGGUUUUCCUCUUCCAAAAGUAUCCAGUCACAAGUGCCCUAACAAUCAUAAACAGCCAGAGGACAGAGAAGGAGAUAGAGAGGUAGACGUGGUGUUAGUUUUGCACAUUUCAAGCUGAUCAAUGUAACAAUUCAUCUCUGAGGGACCAGUCCAAUUCUUUCCCCAUGUGAUGCUCCUUUAUUAUGUUGAUGUCCUCAACCAAAAACCAAGCAGGGUGACAGCCAGCUGCCUGUGGACGAACACUUUGUCAGUUUUCUGAUUACAAACCUAAUGUUGUGUUUGAACCAGCAUAGACAGGGGCUACCUCCGAGUCCUGCAGCUGCAUUUUAUUGUGAAAGAUGCAAAGAAACAACGGACAGUUCAAUGACUGUAGGUGUCCAAUGUCUUGCCUCAUACCAAUGUUUACACAUGAAUGUAACCUGAUCAGAACUGUUGAACAAUUUUCGCCAAAACAACUUUAAUAAAGAUUCAUAACUGCAUUUUUUGUGCUAAGCACCUAUGAGACUUUGUUUUUAAUUCUGUUGAUGCAUUUUGAGAUUUUUUUUGAUUGUAUGUUUUGUAUGAAAAUAGGGUAAAUGUUGACCUGGCAAUACCUGUGUAAUGUUUUUCUCAUUUCCAAUAAAAUGCAUGAUUAUCAUGAGUUUUUUUGAUUGUUCUGCAGAGACUUCCAUUGCGGUUUAUUGUGUUGUUUUAAGUUAUGCUGAAAUUAUUUCUUCUGUGGUACGAGACGAUCACAUUACCAAAUAACAUGACUGAGAUAGGUACAGUUUUUAUAUAUUAUGACUAUACUUUAGCACUUCCUGUUUACCAACGUAUACUCAUCCUUAAAUGUUUUAUCCUUUUACUUCCCUCUUUAGACGCCUGCUAAAGUCUAAAUGCAUUAAUAAGAGUGUUUAUGGGGUCAUGGUGCAUUAAUUGUACAAACCCCAAUUCCAGUGAAGUUGGGACAUUGUGUAAAACAUGAAUAAAACAAAUCUAAUUAUUUGCAAACCUUUUUCUACCUAUUUUCAAACAAAUACACUGCAAAGAUGAGAUAUUUGUACUUUGGUUUGUACUUAAAGUUUGUAAAUAUACUAAUUUAUUCAA